AUGCACAACCCAGUACCCAGUGGUAAGAUUAAAGAAGAUGCUCAGAAGGGAAAAGGAGGAAGAAAAAGGUGGAAGACGCGGAAGACACUGAACGCGGGUACAAUGACCGGAAGAGGAAAUGAAGUGGUGGAUGUAAUGGAGAGGAAGAAAAUAGACGUGUUAUGUGUACAAGAAACUAGAUGGAGAGGACAGAAGGCCAAGGAGCUGGGAAAUGGAUACAAGCUGUACUACAUGGGAGAGGACAACAGGAGGAAUGGAGUAAGCGUGGUGCUGAGCCCAGAGAUGAAGGAGGGGAUUGUACAGGUGAACAGGGAGUCCGACAGGGUUAAAGAUCGAGAUAAGAGAAACAACGGUCAGCGUUGUGUGUGUGUAUGCACCUCAAUUGGCGUGUACAGAAGAGGAAAAAGACGAAUUCUGGGAUCUGCUUGGGGGCGUCACGAAAAUAUCGGAUACGGAGGUGGUCUGGAUACGGAGGACCUUAACGGUCACGCUGGGGAAGGGAGCCUUGAUACAGAAGUUACAGGAAAGUACGGAGUUGGAACAUGGAAUGAAGGAGACAGAAUUGUGGACUUUGCAACAGCAAAAAGCAUAGCAGUAGUUAACACCUACUUACAGAAAAGACUAACUCGUCAAGCAACCUAUACUAGCGGUGGACAAAACACACAAGUUACUACAUCUUGUGCUGGAGAAAGGAACUACAGAGAGUAA